AUGGUCGAUAGUGUUGUCCCCCAGGGUUCAGUUCUGGGACCCAUUUUGUUCCUUGUCUACGUGGACGAUGCCGCAAGAGAUUUAGACUGUGAAGUAGCAAUGUUUGCGGAUGACAUGAAGAUAUGGAGUGUAAUUCGGGGUCCUGCCGAUGAAGACAGACUGCAGAUGAACCUGAAUCGGUUGGAGGAGUGGUCAAACCGUUGGCUCCUGCGGUUCAACGUUGCCAAAUGUAGCAUACUUCGCCUAGGCCACACAGCCAGAUCCGCCAGCACAAGAGGCUACUUUCUAGGCGGUGCAGCCCUACAAGAGGUCGAAGCCCAAAAGGACCUCGGUGUGCUUACGACGAGUUCCCUAAAACCAUCCGCCCACUGUUCGAGGGUGGCAAAAACCGCAAUGUCCGUACUGUACGCCAUCAAGCGUGCGUUUAUGGACUUUGACGAAGAAGCUUUCUCUAAGACAUUCGGAACAUUCGUGCGGCCGCAUUUAGAGUACGGCAUACAAGCUUGGAGGUCGUGGGCUGUUGAGGAUCAAAACUGCCUCGAAAGAGUCCAGAGGAGAGCCACGAAGAUGGUUAGGGGUCAAAGCUCCUUUCCUUAUGCAACACGCCUAGUAAAUCUGAACCUCUUUCCUUUGAGUUACAGGCGACUUCGCGGGGAUCUCUUGCAAGCCUUCCGCAUUGUAAAGGGGUUGGAUUGCAGUCUGGCCUUCGAGGACUUUUUUGAAUUUGCUACCACGACCAACCUCCGAGGUCACCCGUUAAAACUGCGCACUCAGCAGGCACGGCUGGAUGUGCGGAAGUUCUCCUUCUCGGUUCGGGUGGUCAAACCAUGGAAUGAGCUUCCCGCAGAUGUUGUGAUGUCACUAUCUAUACAAAGUUUUAAGAAGAAUCUGGACAUAUUUAUGUUCCGAAAUGACCAAGAGCGAUGA